AUAAUCAAAAACAGAAACAAAUACCAAAACGAUGUUAAACAACCACUUGAUUUGCUGUCAACAGUAUUGUAUACUGAUUCGCCCGGGGUGUUUCACAUUUAUACGGAAAAUGCCAUUUCAAAGUGGCCUAAACCUGUGAAUGUGAGGGAUUUGUUCAAUAAAGUCAAUGAUAAUAAACUGACAAUCGAUGAGAUCGAGAGAUAUUUCUCACAAACGACGGCCGGCUUUGCAUUCAAUGAUUACUUCUAUUUGUUUGCCGGCAAUCGUGUCUGUCGUAUGAAUAAUAAAACUCUUCAUUUCGAUGAUAACUGUUUGAAUCAAACCAUCGCUCAAUGGAUUGGUUGCAAUGAAGACAUGACAACAAUUGCGACAAUACAUCCGAUAAAAGACAAUUACAAUCAACACAUAAUUGCAGCGAUAGUUGUGAUCAUUUUUGUGAUCAUUAUAAUAGCUGUCAUAGCAAUGAUUGUAUACAGAAAACGACACCAAUAUUCACCUCGAGUUUACUCAAAAUAUAAAACAGUUCCGAAAAUUAACAACUCUUUGGCCACAGAAUCAGAGGUUAAGUCAAAGAUAUCAAAGACAUCGAUGUCUACAUUGGAUGAAAACAGACCAACAGAUCUCAAGAUUACGACCAAUACUUCGCCGGCGGUUAACAAAUCUGCGAAUCCGUUUUGUCAGCGAAAUAUUACAAUUGAUUCGGCAUUUGUGGACAAAUUCUCUGAUUUGGGAUCAGAUGUCAUCACUUUGUUCUCCGAUUUAGAUGUCCAUCAAUUAACCGUCAAUACAACGGAUCCCAUAAAUCCUGUCUUCAGAUACAACAGAUCCCUAUACUUGCCGGACGACGAGUGGAUGGCAGAUGACAAAUACUUUGAUUUGGGAUCAGAUGUCAUCACUUUGUUCUCAGACACAACUGUCCAUCAAAUGACUGUCAAUAAAACGGAUCCCAAAAAUGCCGUUCGUAUUGUCAGUUUUGUGGGUCUGUUAUCACUCGACGCCGAAGAUAGCGAUGUCGUCGACUCUAUUGGCGGUAAAGUGUCUACAUUUGGAUCCACUGUUUUAUACCUCGAG